CCAAAAAAAUGGCGGACAUCUAUGUCCGGUGCAGAGCUGGUUUCCAUGUGUCUGCAUUCCUGUUAUCCAUGGUGGUCCAGUGACUCGUCUCAAUGCCCGCCUCAAUACUACCAAGCACAAAGGUAAUCUCUCUUGGGUCUAAGAUCUGCUUCUUCUACAAUGGUAUCUUUGAUAUCUUAUGCUUUGGUUUUAAACGUCCUACUGCCCACUCUAUGUACAAAGAAUACAAAUCUGCCAUUUAAAUACCACACUGAGAAGGAGCUGGAAGCCACACUGAGAAAUCUGAAUGAAAUGUAUCCAACUAUAACACAUCUCUACUCCAUAGGUCAAUCUGUGCAAGGGGUACCUCUAUGGGUACUAUGUGUUGGCCGCUUCCCAGAUGUCCAUCGAAUGGGGAUCCCAGAAGUCAAGUACAUUGCAAAUAUACAUGGAAAUGAGCCUGUAGGCCGAGAGCUCUUGCUUCAUUUUAUUAAUUAUCUUGUGCACAAUUAUAAACACAAUGAAGACAUCGAAGCUUUGGUAAACAGCACCAGGAUUCACUUUCUGCCAGCACUGAAUCCCGAUGGCUUCAAGACCUCUGUCCCAGGAGACUGCCAGGGAAGUCACGGGAGAGCAAACUUUAACAAUAUAGACUUGAACAGGAACUUUCCGUCCAUCUUUGGCCAUAACCUGUCUCCUCUCCAGCCAGAAACCCUUGCUGCUAUGCAGUGGUUUCAAAGUGAGACCUUUGUGCUCUCGGCCACACUCCAUGGUGGGGCCUUAGUUGCUGUGUAUCCUUUUAGUUUCAGUGUGGAAGGUCAUCGAGGCAAAGCCAAAUCCCCAGAUGAUGAAAUUUUUAAAUAUUUAACAAAGACGUAUGCAAAUGCUCAUAAGACCAUGCACAAGGGCGACUUCUGCAACGAAACAUUUCCUGGAGGAAUAACAAACGCUGCUGCAUGGUACCCAGUCUUAGGAUGCCUGCAGGACUAUAAUUACAUUAAGGGCCAGUGCUUCGAGAUAACUCUGGAGGUGUCAUGCUGCAAAUAUCCCAGGGAGGAUCAGCUUCCACGACUGUGGGAUGAGAAUAAACAGGCACUCCUUGAACUCAUUAAGCAAGUGCACAAAGGUAUAAAAGGCAGAGUAGUGGACACCUCAGGAAAUAGUGUACCUAAAGCAACUAUUCAAUUUACAACAAGAAAAAAGAAAUAUGUGUACCAAGCAAACAACUAUGGAGAGUUUUACAAGAUUCUGAUUCCCGGGAAAUACAAAGUACGGGUCAAGGCACAAGGAUAUUUAUCGGAGACAAAACUUGUUGUUGUUACUGAUAAAAUCAUCUCUUACUCAGCCAUUACGCAGAACUUUAUAUUAAAGAAACAGGAGAACAAAAAAAGCAAUAAUACUAUGGUCUAAAAAUGAACUACACUGUAUAAAAGAUUAAUUUACAAACAGG